CACUAAUGGUACGAAAUGACCGUGGUCCAAUCAAAUGCCGUUAUCAUGGGAUGGUUUCGCACGAUUGUAAAAUGGAUAUUGUUUAUAACAUUUAGUAUAUUUUGUAUUAAGUAUUGGCUAGAAAGAAAGACAUAUUUAUUCUGCGCUGAAGGUGUGGCGUCGAUUGCAAACAGAUAUGUCGGAGAGGAUCCUACAGUUUCAUUUGAGCAAAUUCAUAAAGAAUUCCUGUUCAAAUAUCCUGGUCACAUCCUGGAUCCAAAGGACAUACAAUGGAUCUUCAUGAACGCGGGUGGAUGGAUGGGUGCGAUGUAUCUGCUGCAUGCUUCUCUGUCAGAGUAUGUCUUAUUUUUUGGCACAGCGGUCGACACCACGGGGCAUUCAGGUCGUUACUGUGCUAACAUUUCCGACACCAUCUUAACUGGGUCAUUUCGCCAGUGGCGUGAAGGGUCGCUAAAAAGUCACAUGUACGGACCAGGGGACACAGUCUUCCACGAAUGGGGUGAAGUGACCUCGGUCUCGUGGUCACGUGGUACGUGGAUGGUAGAGUACGGCCGCGGCUUUAUUCCUUCCACCCUGGGGUUUGCUCUCGCCGACACAGUAUUCAGUACACAGGACUUUUUGACGAUGUUUUAUAUAUUUAGGAUUUAUACAAAAGCUCUUUUACUGGAGGCUGGGUUUUAUCUGUCCGAACUGAAGGAGACCUUGAAAGACUCAUUAUAAUGGAGAACAUCACCGCUUUUAUAUAUUUUUAUAAUAAAUUGUUAAAUAGA